AGAUCAAGUAAGUUUGACAGUUGUACGAAAAUCUGAUGGACAAUCAAUGACUUUUGUAUUGAAUGAAAAAACUCGUAUACAUGAUUUAAAACAUGAAUUAAAACGACGAUUAAAACCAAGAUUUGAUCGAGGAUGUCGUUUAAUUUUUCGUAAUCAAGUACUUAAAGGUAAACAUACACUUAAACAUUAUGGAAUAAAAAAAGGUGUUAAUGAUCAAGCUAUUUCAAUGGAUGAUACAAAAGAUUCGAAAUCAUCAUCAUCAUCAUCGUCAUCAUCAGAUUCCGAAUAA